AUGGCCCUGUUUUUUUCUCGAGCAGGCGACAACUACGAGCAUAAUGGUCUGCCACUGAUCAGGUGCCAGAAGCAUCCAAAACAGAGGGUUCUGAGAGACGGCGACGUGACGAUCAAGGUGCUCUUCUGCGGGGUCUGCCACACGGACCUCCACAUCAUCAAGAACGAGUGGGGCAACGCCAUGUACCCCGUCGUUCCCGGGCACGAGGUCGUCGGCGUCGUCACGGACGUCGGCCCCGGCGUCACCAAGUUCACGGCCGGCGACACGGUGGGCGUGGGCUACUUCAUCGACUCGUGCCGCACCUGCGAGAGCUGCAGCACGGGGCACGAGAACUACUGCCCCAACGUCGUGCUCGCCUCCAACGGCGUAGACCGCGACGGCGUGACGACCACGCAGGGUGGCUUCUCCGACGUCGUGGUGGUGGACCAGCACUACGUCGUCAGGAUCCCCCCAAGCCUGCCUCUGGACGGCGCCGCGCCGCUGCUCUGCGCCGGCGUCACGGUGUACAGCCCCAUGGUGGAGUACGGCCUCAACGUGCCUGGGAAGCGCCUCGGCGUCGUGGGCCUCGGUGGCCUCGGCCACAUGGCUGUCAAGUUCGGCAAGGCGUUCGGGAUGGCGGUCACGGUGAUCAGCUCGUCCCCUGCCAAGCGUGAUGAGGCGAUCGAGCGCCUUGGCGCCGAUGAGUUCUUGGUCAGCCGCGACACCGAGCAGAUGAAGAUGGUGCUCGUGGGAGUGCCCAGCAAGCCGCUGGAGCUGCCAGCCUUCGCCGUCUGUCCGAGCGGGAAGCGCGUGGCCGGGAACGGCGUGGGCAGCGUCGGCGACUGCCAGGCGAUGCUGGACUUCGCGGGGCAGCACGGCAUCACCGCGGACAUCGAGCUCGUUAGGAUGGACUACGUCAACACGGCCAUCGAGCGGCUAGAGAGGAACGACGUCAGGUACCGGUUCGUCGUUGAUGUCGCUGGCAGUCUGGGCCCCGCUGCUUAG